AUGCCUGAAACCAUUGGUCCUUCCUCUGCUGACCAGAAAUCCACUCUUGCCUGUCUCGCCGAAAAAUCCCUCAUGAGAACCCUCGAGGGUGGUUGCAGUGUCCCUAUUGGGGUUGAAACAGAGUGGACGCCUUCGGGAGCCUUGAGGAUGAACGCUAUCGUUGUCAGUCUGGACGGCACCCAGAGCGUCGAGGAUACCAUUACUUCAAGAGUCCAGACGGUCGACGAAGCAACCGCGCUCGGAGAGGGACUCGCGGCAAGACUGGUCAAGGCUGGCGCAGGGGAGAUUCUAAAUGACAUCAACGCCAACCGACCCCCCAAGGACUGA